AUGGCGGACGGCGACACGGGCGCACCCGCGGCGGGCGGGGCGGCGCAGGACGACGCGCCCGAGUCGCCGCAGGAGCCGGAGGCGUCGGGCGAGCAGACCGCCCCCGAUCACCACGCUCCGGUGGCUUCCGAAGAGGAGGAAGGAAGCGCCACCGGAGCGGUCGAGGGGGGGCAGGACGACGCGACCGAGACGGAGGAGGACGGCGACGCCAUGGAGGACGACGUGGACGAGGAGGAUGAGGAGGAAGGGGACGUGGAGGAGGAGGAGGAAGACGAGGAGGACGCCCCGACGCACCUGCCGUUCGCGCCCGCGGAGGAAGAGUCAUUUGAGGAGAUAACUACAGUUGAUCCAAGCUAUACUAUCUCUCUUGUAAGGCAGUUAAUACCUAAGGGAUCCAGUGUGGAGAAACAGUUCAGUGACAAGCAAAGUGCCAAUUCUGAUGACGGGGAUUCAACGCAACCUGAUACCGCGGAUUCUUCUGAGAGAAGUGACAAGCAGGGUCUUCCAGAAGAAAAGAGUGUCAGCCCUAAGGAUCAGUUGGAAGAGUGUGGUUGUAUUCUGUGGGAUCUUGCGGCUAGUAAACCUCAAGCAAAACUUAUGAUUAAUAACCUUGUGAUUGAAGUGCUUUUGGAAAACCUUCAUACGGCAAAUUCUUCUAGGGUGAAGGAAAUUUGUCUUGGAAUCAUGGGAAACUUAUUGUGUCAUGAAUCUCUAGUACCUGCAAUCUCUUUGAAAGAAGGUUUAAUUGGAACUGUUGUGGAGCAACUGUUUCUAGAUGAUAGCAAUUGCCUUUCUGAAACAUUCAGGUUGUUGGCUGCCGUUCUUCGGUCCAGAGCAUUUGUUUCUUGGGCUCAAGCUCUUUUACCUGAUGAGAUUCUUUCACGUAUUCUGGGGAUAGUUGGGAACACAAACAACUCUACAUUACUUGAAAUGAUCAUUGAUUUCAUGUCAACUGUCAUUGAUAAUCGAGAUGUGAUUGCUAUGCUUAUCCAGCCCUUGCUUAAACUGGGUUUAGUUGACCGUGUUAUUGGGUUACUAACAACUGAGAUUAAAAGAUCACCGGAUGAGAAGCUAGACAGAUUGGAAUCUCUUAAAUCGAUCCUUCACUUCAUGGAAGAAUUAUCAGCCAUACACUGUGUUUCAAAGGCAAUGACUUCGAAUGACCGGCUGAUUAAAGUGCUAGUUAACAUGAUCAAGUCGCCUGAUAAAGUUGAGGUUGCAAGGUAUUGUGCUUCGGUGGUGAUCGUAAUAUCAAAUAUUUUGACAGAUGGAAAGCAUUUGGUGCCUAUGAUAUCCCAUGAUUUACCGUUCCUGGAGGGCCUACUUGAAGUUCUACCAGAGGUCUCUGAGGAUGACCAAGGUCGAUAUGCACUUUGGAGUAUCUUAUCACGUAUUCUGGCACAAGUGCAAGGAACCGAGUUGAACUCCUCGUCCCUCGACCAGUUUGCGUCUCUGUUCUCAGGCAAGUUCAGCCUCAUCGAAGAUGACCUCGACAGUCAUGUGGUUGAUGAAGAGAAGUUAACACCUGAGGAUGCUCUCGUGAAGGGAUGGACAUCGAGAUGUCUCGUGGCAAUCUCCUUCUUCAUGGAGAGAUGGAUCGAGGAGAAGUCCUCCCAGGGCAACGAAGACGACGCUCCACCGACUGGAGACUCCAUCGACAAUGCUCGGGAGGUGCUGAGCUACUGCCAGAAGGCGCUCUGCUAACCGGAAACUCCACUCCACUGACAAGCUUUGCUGUGGUUUGUAAUCAACCAACGCUGCUGACCUGAGAGAAUGCGGUAUGUUAGCCGCUGUGAUUUUGGAACCGCGGGAGUCGGUUAUAACCUACUGUUGUUUUAGACUACGGCAACCUGUAAAGAAAAUCGACGAAUGGAGAUUAAGUAGGGGCAUGGGUGGGGAUAUAAUAUACGAGUUUUGGGCGUGGAUGGGGAUACAUUUUCUUUUGGGGAUGUUCGAUUGCCAAGUUUGAUAAAUUGCAAAUUUGGUCUGAAGUUUUUCCUUGUAUGGGUGAGAAGUAUUUCUGUCAUCCGAAUUGAUAUGUAAGCCUGAGACAUGGAUGCAGAUAUGGUUUUCGUUGUUAUGUUUGAAUGUUAGUUUUCUUA